CCUCUAGUUUAUUAUCUCCAUUUUCAUCCCUACCUCUGCAAAAACACAAUUCUAAAAUUAAGACUUUUUUUCAUUAUGACUUCAGAAAACAGAACCAAAAACCGCUCUUUCCCUCUCCAACACCCUCUAUAAUUUACAGAGAGAGUGAUAGGGAAGAAAUAGAAUGAAUCCAUCAUUUUGUUCUGCUUUUUUCCUAUCCAUAAUCAACAUGACCAUUUGACGACAGGGAAAACAGAGAAAACAUAUAGAAACAGAGGAACCCCUGUUUGCGGUCAAUGCAAUUCCAGAUCAGGGUUCCGAAUUUUCUUAUAGGCCUCAUUUGGGCAUAUUUGAAGUUUUCGACAUUUGUUUGUCCCUCAUUCUCCGGCUCUCGUACCUCCGAAAGUUAUUUUAAAUGCGGAAGCACAAUGCAGACCGACAACAACUUAAUCUCCAAUUUUGUUGAAGUCAUGAAAAUUCUCUCUGCCGAAGUUAAAAAGCAAGGACAUGGAGACUUCUACAUCAACAACCCAUCUCCCUAUGUCUACGGCUUAGCUCAAUGUCACGAAGACCUUUCCUCAACUGAUUGCGAAUUGUGUUUUGCUGCAACCAGAACAAAAAUCCCUGGUUGCCUCCCUGCUGGCUCUGCUCGACUCUUCCUUGAUGGAUGCUUUCUUCGCUACGAUGAUUAUCAUUUCUUUGAGGAAACCAUUGACCCCGCGUAUGAUACCGUCAACUGUAGCUCCCCGUCCGGAUCCUUGGCCGAUGAGUCGUUGCAUAAGCAAUUUGAAGCUAAGCUUGCUGAAGUGAUCACCAGUGUGAUUCAUCAGGCUAAGUCAAAUGGAGGAUUUGCCGUUGCAGAGGGGAAAAAAGGAGCUGUCUCGGUGUAUGCGUUGGCACAGUGCUGGGCCACGGUGAGUGAAGACGGCUGUGGCCAAUGCCUGGACAAGGCGGGGCAAGAGCUGAGAAACUGUAGCCCUAGCACUGAUGGCAGGGCUAUGUAUACUGGUUGUUAUAUGAGGUAUUCUGUUGAAAGAUUCUUUGAUACUGAACCCGAAUCAUUAGAAACCGAGGAAUAUUCCAAGAUGACAAUAGCGAUCAGUCUAGGAGCAAUAUCAUUUACCAUACUUUCUUGUUUUGGCUGUUUCCUGGGAUAUAGGAGAUUAUCAAAGAAGAGAGAUGAACAAUACUGUUUUCCUAUUGAGAACGUGUCUGGUUUAAAUUUCAAGUAUGAAGUGCUUGAGAAAGCAACAAAUUAUUUUGACAACUCAAGGAAAUUAGGCCAAGGAGGUGCCGGUUCUGUAUUCAAGGGGACUCUUCCUGAUGGAAGAAAUGUUGCUGUUAAAAGAUUGUUCUUCAAUACACAGGGAUGGGUGGACCAGUUCUUCAAUGAAGUGAAUUUGAUUAGGGGAACUGAACACAAGAAUCUUGUAAAGCUUCUGGGUUGCAGUAUUGAAGGCCCUGAAAGCCUUUUCGUUUAUGAAUAUUUACCUAACAGGAGCCUUGAUCAAAUUCUUUUUGCGAAAAACACAAGCCAUAUUUUGAGCUGGCAGCAAAGAUUUGCAAUCAUCUGUGGAACGGCUGAGGGGCUUGCAUACCUUCAUGGAGGUUCCCAAACAAAGAUUAUCCACAGAGACAUAAAAACCAGCAAUAUUCUCCUCGAUGAAAAGCUCACUCCAAAGAUUGCUGAUUUCGGACUUGCCCGAUGUGUUAGCUCUGAUAGAUCCCAUGUUAGUACUGCAAUUGCAGGAACACUGGGAUACAUAGCUCCUGAAUAUCUUGUUCACGGGCAACUGACAGAGAAGACAGAUGUUUAUGGCUUUGGGGUGCUAGUAAUUGAGAUUGUGAGUGGUCGAAAGAACAGUGUUUUCUCAGAAUGGUCGGCUUCAGUAUUGCAUACUGUUUGGAGGCAUUACAAGGCAAAGAAAAUAACUGAUUCUGUCGAUUCUGAGUUAGCAGGUAGAUUUCCUGAGAAAGAGGCCACAAAUGUGCUUCUAAUUGGGCUACUAUGCACGCAAGCUUCUUGGUCACUAAGGCCAUCAAUGUCUCAAGUAGUUGAGAUGUUAAACAGCAAAGAUUAUGCAAUUCCCUCGCCAAAUCAACCUCCAUUCUUGAAUGCCAGUAUGAUAGCCGGAGAUGAAUAUCCCAGCAAAAAUCCGGCUGUUGGCAGUUCCCAGAGGCCGUUCAUCACAGCUCUAAAAAAAUCUUCAUCCAUUAGAACAACUACUGAACCAACCUAGCUAGCCUCUACUCAUAUUCUCCAUGCAUUUUGGAGAGACAUUUUGGUUUAGAUUCAGGACCUGCAGGUCAACAGAUGGCUCUUUUUUCGCUGGUGAGUGAUUGAAUUGGUUAAAAAGGAUGACCCCAAAAGGCACCGUCAGCGGCAUUGCAGUCAUUUGUACUGGAUCUUGUUGAACAAUCUAAUGUAGAUUACAAUGAGGUAGGAGCCUUUAUAACGGGAGGUACUUUGUUACAUAAUGAAAAGGUACGUAGGGGCUUCUGUAUAUACAAUAAUACAACUUUUCCAUGUGAGGUAGGGAGAGGAUUUUAUUUAGUUUAGGUGACUUUUUCCCCCUGAUUCUUUCAACGUUGAUUUGUUGCCAUAUAAAGAUGUCUGUGUAAUCUCCGUUACAAAGAGUCAAAGAGACAGUUUAUUUUUUCGCCAAAAUGAAUUUGAUUAUGUAGCUCCAAUUCAAGCAUACAUGUUGUAUAUAUAAGCAAUUUAUGGUUCUUC